AUGCUCUCAUCGACAAGCGAUCGCCAUAGCACUCCGAGCACAAUCUUGAAUACACCAUUGGCUUCACCGGACGCGGAUUCGAUUUGGCCAGCCUCGGAUCAGGACUCUGUUCUACAACAGAUUGGUGGCCUUCAUCACUUGAGGCUCACGUCGGUACCAAUAACGGAUACCUCAUCCUCGCAGCGAGGUACGCCUACGCCCUCAAUCCAUGUCACCACGACGCCGCCUACGAAUGGAUCGAGCCGGGCUCCAGUCGACAGAACAGAUAGCCUCGUCCGUGGCGUCACUGCUCUCCACAUAGCAUCUGAUCAAGCAGACCCUCCAGGCGCCUCGGGACCGCGCGACAGCCGCCUCCCAUCCCCAUCAUGCCGUAGCCGCUCCGGAUCAGAGGUCAAUUGCGAUCGCCAUCAGGUUGAGAAUGAAGACCCGCCACAGGGCUUGCUUCACAUGCCAGAACCCCAAGAGACCCUUGCCACUGCAACAAAAUUGAUGACAAGCAUGGCCGAUCUCCUUUCCCGUUCGAAUCUGGAUGGAGAAAACGGAUCAAGCAUCGGACAGCUGUAUCAAGCGGCCAUAAACCUAAGUAAAUCCCAGCUACCAUCGGCACGGAUUGUGGGGCUUGUUGGCGAUUCAGGUGUAGGCAAGAGCAGUUUAAUCAAUUCCUUGCUUGACAGGGAGAAGUUGGCCAGCACGAGCAGCAGCGGCAGUGCAUGUACAUGUGUCGUUACGGAAUAUCACUUCCACGAUAAAGACGGUUUCAAAAUUCAGGUCGACUACUUCCCAUUGGCUGAGCUGAAGAAGCAAUUCGAGGAACUACUGAGAGCUUACCGGGAUUGCCCAUCACUCCAGAAUGAGUCAACCCGUACAGACGAGGACCAUCGAGACGAAAAUGAUGGAAAACUUUUGCAACAAAAAGCGGAUCUUGCCAGAGCAAUAUUCCAAGCGAGCUUCAAGGAGAAGGAGAUGCUGGAACAAAUGCCGAUCGUUCUUUCUGGUAUGCGCUUUGAGGAUGCUGUAGCGACGAUGGCCAAGUGGGCAGAACAGCUGGUUGAUCGACAGAACUGUGAGGAAUCGUUCAGCAACGUUGAAGACUGCGCUUCGCGGCUAAAACAACUAACAUCUGAAUCGGCUGCCUCCUCGCCUAAUGAAGCGUCUCGAACUUGCUGGCCCUUCAUCCGGAAGCUGCGAGUGUACCUGAAGGCUGCUAUUCUGAGCAAAGGACUCAUCAUCGCCGAUCUUCCUGGACUCCGGGAUCUCAACUCUGCUCGCAGGGCUAUAACCGAGAGAUAUGUCCGACAAUGCGACCAGAUCUUCGUUGUCGCUGAGUUUAAGCGAGCCAUCACAGAUCAAAGCAUUGGAGAGAUUGUCAAACUCGUCGGCCGUGCUGGAGUCUCCAAGGUCGAUAUCAUUUGCACGGCGUCUGAACUAGAAAAGGCCCAACUCACGAACGCAGCCGACGAGUUUACGGCUGAAAAAGGGACGAUCCAGGAUAUGAAAACGGAAAUAGAAGCUCACAAGGAGGAGAUUACCUCUCUCUCAGAAGAAAUUGAUAAAUAUGAGCAAGACCUUGGAAACCUUGACCAGGAGCAACAGAAACACUAUUCACAACUACGUCGGGAGCGUUCCAGGGUCAAGGAAUCCAAAGAAGACAAGAAGUUUAAGUUACGUCGCUAUAUCAUGCAAUUGCGAAACGACAAAGUGUCCGUCGGCUUACAAAAGCAAUAUCGGAACCAUUCGACUGCCAAACCACUGAAGGUAUUCUGCGUUAGCAACACAAUGUACUGGGAGAACCGUGAGAAACCUGCUAAGGCCGCCUUACCGUACCUCGAGUUGAGUGGUAUCUUGGGGCUACGACGCUAUUGCAUUGAAAUCGUUGCGAAGAGCCGUCUUCAUGCAGCCAGAGAAUUCAUCACGGACGCUAUACCUGCAUUCCUUGGUUCUGUUGAGCUUUGGGUGAAGGCUGGAUGCGGCAAUGCAAGUGUGGACGGGAAACAACGGAUCCUGGACGCUGUGCGUGUCAUUCAGCGAAAACUAGAUGCGUUGACGUCUCCACUCUCUAAACUCAGAAGCCUGGGGCUCACAUUAGCCGAUCUGUUCGACGAACAAAUCUACCGUCGCAUGCAAUCUGAACAAGAAUGGGCCGACGCUGCCGAAGACGCAAGCGCAGAGUGGAAUGGUUGGCAUUGGGCAGCGUACAGCGCCUUCUGCGGCCACCGUGGAAACUAUUAUACGGCAUCCGUGGGGAGGCACAGCUGGAACGGAGAAGCAAUGAAAUCCAUGAAGGAUGAUAUGUCCACUGAUUGGGAUAAUUUCAAGUCGAACGUAGAAGCACAGGUCAAAGCGAUCGAAAAGGCAGUCGCUGAAGCUUUUGACAACUCCUUUAAGAUUGCACGCGAUGCAGCAGACUCAUUGUCUGCGAUGGAAACCUUCGCUGAUACACUGCGGCAUCGAAAAUUCCUUAUACGCCACGGCAUCAAGCGAGCAUAUGAGAAGGAGUUCCAAGAGGAGCUUUCCUCUUUGGACACCGAUGCCUUCUCGCCUUGCGAAACGGCAUUUAUAGGCCAGCUCAUGGAAGAUACCUAUCACAAAGCAGCCCUGGAAUCCGGUAAGGGAAGCCACCAACGCCGCAAGAGCCUGAUUACAGGCAGAUUCGGCGAUAUGUCCCUCUUCGUACAACACCGGCUUCUCUGCGAGGAAACGUUUACGCGCAUCGCGCAGGAUUUCCAGGACAAGUUGAUUCAGAUUGUAGACGAGCAGGUUGGGUCUGUUAAGGCGGAUUUGAAGAUGCUAAGCGAUGAGAAUGCGAUCGCGGAGAGUGAGAAGGAUCCAGAGUUUAGGGAGAGGGUAGAGGCGGCGUUGGAGCGUGUCAGGAAGAAGGUGGGAGGCCUCGCACGGAAGUUUGAAAAUGUUCCAUGA